GAGAGAGAGAAGAGGGGGAGAGAGAGAGCGAGAGAGAGAGAGAAGAGGGGGAGCACAUGUGUAUGCUUGUCACUAAGGGGCUGGGAGAAGGACUAAGGGAAGCGAGGUAGCUGGCCACAGCCGCCAUAUGCUGACUGGAUUCCUGUUCAUGUCUGCUGUGUGAAGACUGUAGGUUUCUGUUGUGUGCUGGCCAGCUGGGGAACACACCAUGGGAAGCUCACAUCUCCUCAACAAAGGCAUGCCUCUAGGCAUCAGGCCACCCAUUAUGAAUGGGCCCAUGCAUCCGCGCCCACUGGUGGCGCUGCUGGACGGGCGAGACUGCACUGUGGAGAUGCCCAUCCUGAAAGACGUAGCAACCGUGGCCUUUUGUGAUGCUCAGUCUACACAGGAGAUCCACGAGAAGGUGCUGAAUGAAGCUGUAGGAGCUCUGAUGUACCACACCAUUACUCUGAUGAGAGAAGACCUAGAAAAGUUUAAAGCUCUGCGCAUCAUCGUCCGCAUCGGUAGUGGCUAUGACAACAUUGACAUCAAAUCUGCCGGGGAACUGGGCAUAGCUGUGUGCAAUAUGCCAGCAGCCUCGGUGGAGGAGACGGCGGACUCCACACUGUGUCACAUCCUCACCUUGUACCGACGCAUCACCUGGCUGCACCAGGCUCUCCGGGAGGGCACGCGGGUUCAAAGCGUGGAGCAGAUCCGAGAGGUGGCGUCAGGAGCCGCGAGGAUCAGAGGAGAGACACUGGGACUUAUAGGGCUCGGUCGAGUAGGCCAGGCUGUAGCCCUGCGAGCCAAGGCCUUCGGCUUCAAUGUGAUCUUCUAUGACCCUUAUUUGGCUGACGGUGUAGAAAGAUCCCUGGGACUACAACGGGUUACCACACUACAGGACCUGCUCUUCCACUCUGACUGUGUCUCUCUGCACUGCAGCCUCAACGAACACAACCACCACCUGAUUAACGACUUCACCAUCAAACAGAUGCGCCAGGGGGCGUUCCUGGUGAACACGGCCAGGGGGGGUCUGGUGGAUGAGAAGGCCUUGGCUCAGGCCCUGAAGGAGGGGAGGAUACGUGGAGCUGCUCUGGAUGUUCAUGAGACAGAGCCUUUUAGUUUCAGUCAGGGUCCGCUGAAGGACGCUCCCAAUCUGAUCUGCACCCCACACGCUGCCUGGUACAGCGAACAGGCAUCGCUGGAGAUGAGAGAGGAGGCAGCCAGGGAGAUCCGAAGGGCUAUCACAGGUCGUGUCCCAGACAGUCUAAAGAACUGUGUGAAUAAGGAGUUCCUCUCCCAGAACAACCACUGGGCAGGAGUUGACCCAGCUACCGUCCACCCCGAGCUCAACGGGGCUUAUAGGUAUCCCCCAGGAGCGGUGAGCUUGCCAGCUGGCGGCCUCCCGCCACCCGUUGAAGGCAUUGUGCCCAGCGCCGUGCCCAUCACACACACCCUUCCGCCCGCUGUCACACACCCUCCUCAUGUCGCGUCCCCUGGACAAAAUACAGUCAAGCCACCAGAGGGCGACAGAGAGCAGCAUCCAAAUGACCAACUGUAGCCACAGACACAUACACACUCACACACAGCAACCGGGAUCCAAGUGAUAAGUUCCCCAGUGACAAGUUGUUAUCAGACAGGUUCACAGAGUGUCCAACGGACAGAUUGAGUUCCCAAUAACAAUCGAUUUACAACCCCUGGCAAAUUGGUUCCCAGCAGCCAGUUCACACUCCAAAGAAGAAGUUGAUGAUGAUGAUAAAUAAGAUGAUGAAGAGGAGUGGAUAGCUGUCAGAUGCUCUAAUCAAAGAGCAAGACAGCUGUCCUCUGCUCCAACCAGAAUUCCUGAUAAAGACUGUAAAGAUCCACAGGUUGAUCUUCACAUAACAACUACAGUAUGGUCAAGUUUCUGCCAGAAGUAAAAAAAAAUUAAAAAAAUAAAAAAUGUUACAAUAACUAUCUGUUGAUUUGGGAAGAAAAAAAAUACUGAAUCCAAUUCUGCUGUCUUAGACUGUAGUGCGUCCAAAGUUAGAGGGGCGGGUUUAAUGUCUUUCUCUCUUUUUCUGUGUCCUUUCCUUAGUUUGAUGUACAAGCAAAAGUAGUAGGUUAUGAAAUGAAUGUAACCUGUCUGUGUACAGUUUUUAGACUUACGCCAAGAAGAUACUGAUAUUUGUAUUCCAGUUUUAACAAAAAAAGGGUCUCUAUGUAGCCAAACUGGUAGAGAAUACAAUAUCUAUUUUUGUUUUAUGUGUCCCCAAAUUAAGAACCCCCUCAAAAAAAGAGGCAGCUUUUUGCACACCAUCUCAGGAAAUUAAGUUUCCGCAGUUGGUAUAUAUUUUCUUUCUUUUUUUAUUACUUUUUAUGCCACUUAGUGCUUUUGUUUUUCUACCUGCUUGCCUUUUCGUGUCCUGCUACAUUAGAUAAAAAUAACUUUAACAAGAGUUAAAGUUUAUCUAAUGUUUGCUUUUCUUUGUUAUGUUUAAGGGGCAUGUGAUUUUGCUCUUGGGACUUCAUGUAAAUGUUUGACCCAAAUAGAGGGGGUUGCGGGAGAAAAAGGCUGUAGGGAGGUGGUGUAAUGGUAUGCUUGGCUGGGACGACUUCAUCCCUAGUCACCAUUUUAAUUUACUAAAUAGAGUGGUUGGGAGCAGGUUGUGGGCAAGGCAAUGCACUGAGAGUUUGUAGCAGCUUACAGUUUUAGAAACAGUCUCAUAAAAAGGUAUUAUCUUUGUCGUCUUCAUGUUUAAAGAUCCAGUACUUCCACUAUUAACACACAUUCAUUUUCCAAGUCAUGGAGCAUGAACAGUUCAGCACACCAAGGUUUACAGAUAAUGCACAACAUUGUGUGUUGCUUUAUGCUAUGGAUCUGAAAAUCAGACUUGUGAAAAACUGCAUCAACAAACUCUAUAUAUCAAUUAUUCAACUGCUCUGCUUUCUGCAAACAACAUUUUUUGGUUCCUAUGUGAAGUUAAACUCACUUGUACAGAUAUCACAUCCAGUCAAGGACAGUUAAUGGUUACUGAGUGAAGGACAGUUAAUGGUUACUGAGUGAUGAGGAACAGUUGUGUUCUUGAAGGUAGGGACUGAACCAAAUGUUCAUAUUUUGUAAUCCACUCCCAAAUUGACCUGUUAAGACUUUUUUAAAUACUCUAUGGCUCGUCAGUUUGAUAAACUUUCAACAAACUAUAGGCGUUUCAUGAUAGCAUGUCAGAACGUACUGAUUAGUAUCCCUUUAACAUUUCAUGAUGGGUCCUUCCUGAGUAUACUGUUUAACCACCCUCAGUGGCCUCUGUGUCUAUGUGUACAUACUGUAUGGUGUUCUGCCUGCCUGUGUCAAUGUGACUUGGUUGUAUCUGUGUCUAAAAAAAAAAAAAGCAGCACUGGGAGAAGGGGUGGUGACUAGUACGCUCCACAAGGCAUCAUUACAGACUGCCAUCUAAAUACACAACUAAACAUUAUGUAAAAAAAGAACUACAGUAGCUUAGAAAAACUAGAAAUCUACAAAUCUACAAAUCGAAGCUAGCAAACUCAACCAGUUAUCUAUGCUUUUACUGGUAACAUUCCCACCAUGUAAACAAGAUGCUGAUGUUACGUAACAGUAAAAUAUUGGGAAUAUUUAUUCCUGUUCACAUGUUGUUGAUGUUAGCAGGCCAGCUAAGUGACGGUGCUUUUAGGAUCCCCUUCUACCAGCAGCUGAGUAGUAAAAACAGUUCACUGUUGCCUACCUGGUCUUCUUCAUGGGAAGGUAGUAAAAGUAGCAAUCAGGGAUGGAAAUUUCACGACCCAUUGGCGAGUAUUUCUGAGCUCUUACUGGCCAGAAUCUGAAGGGUUGUCUAGUACAGAAGGUACUGAGGUGACAUUUAAAUACCACUGUCAGAUUUCAGCCCCAAAAUGCUUGCAAUUGUUUGAAUUUUACUCUUAAUCUUUUCACACCAGAUGCCUGUUGUUAUGUGGGGGAGAAACUCUUUGCUUAUACUCCCUGAUAUAAAUUGUAAGCAUUCCUCAUUCAAACCGAAGGAUGCCAUAAGUGAAAAACAACAGACUCGCUUUUUAGGUGCUCCUUGAAAUUCCAUCCCUGGUAGUAACACACAGUCUACUGUUGCCUACCUUGGUCCCCUUUAUGGUAGUAAGUAGUAGGCGUAGCAAUAUACAGUAUACAUAUUCUAUAUUCUACAGUAAAUAUCAUUAUUUUUGGUCAAAACUGACAACCUGACAAAGAUAUGUUUGUGACUGUAUGCAUUUGUAUGAAUUAUUUUAAAAGGAAAUAAACUGUGGAAAGGUGAAGUUUGUGCCUUACCUCUAACCUCAA